AUGGCAAACAAUCCGAAAUAUGGGAAGCACUUAAAAGAUUUUGAUAAAUAUCUUACAUCUGCAAGAAGAGAGUUUGAAGAAAAAUUUGAAGCUAAAGUUCCCAACAACGCACAAAUGAAAGAUUUUCUCAGGAAGAGAACUUUAGGCACUGGGUCUUUUGGACAAGUAUUACUUGUAACUCACAAAAGAUCGAAGAAACCUUUUGCAAUGAAGGUUCUUGAGAAAGAAUAUAUAGUACAGCUGAAACAAGUAGAUCAUACAAUAAGUGAAAUAAAAUUAUUGUACGCUUUAAAUUUCGAAUUCAUAGUACGGCUAGAUUUUUUCUUUAAAGAUAAUGUAUAUUUAUAUUUAGUCAUGCCAUUUAUUAAUGGUGGAGAGAUGUUUUCCCAUUUGCGUUCCAGGAACAAAUUUGACGAAAAUUUAAGCAGAUUUUAUGCUGCACAAGUGAUUUUGGCCUUUGAAUAUUUUCAUUUCUUGGGAGUAGUUUAUCGAGACCUUAAGCCAGAAAACAUACUUCUCUGUAGAGACGGUUACCUGAAAAUAACAGAUUUAGGUUUUUGUAAGAGAAUCUUGGAAACCAGAACGUGGACUUUAUGUGGAACUCCCGAGUACCUCGCCCCAGAAAUCAUAAUGAGCAAAGGAUACAACUUUGCUGUGGACUGGUGGGCUCUUGGGGUGCUUAUUUACGAAAUGAAUGCAGGUUUCCCUCCGUUCUUUGCGAAUGAGCCCAUCAGAAUCUACGAAAAAAUAGUGGCAGGGCAGUUCAACAUGCCAGGGCAUUUCUCCAAGGCGCUGAAAGAUCUGGUGCCCCGAUUGCUGCAGACGGAUCGUACCAAACGCUUUGGGAACUUGAAGGCCGGAGCGAGGGACAUCAAGGGUCACCAAUGGUUUGCGGCACUCGAUUGGGACGCAGUACUCAACAAAAUGCAGAAGCCCCCCUUCGCCCCCAAGGUGCUUGGAGACGACGAUUCUAGCAACUUCGAGAACUUUGAAGACCAGCCCUUGCGGUCAGGCGCUCAAAAUGAAUACGGGGAAAUGUUUGAUGCUAUUUAG